UUUCCGACUUUAUAACCUUUUUAUUUAAACCCUAGUAACGCCAAAGGGUUUUAACAGAAGGAACAGAAACAGGGGUUCUUUUCAAAACCCUAGCAAUUCGAUUCCCAAAUUCUUAUCAUGGCUUUCUGGGGAAUCGAAGUGAAACCUGGAAAGCCGUAUACGCAUUCAUCCAAAGAGGGUAGAGGACGACUGCGAAUAUCUCAGGCGACAUUGGCUACUGGAUCUGCAACAAAAAAGAGUCUGGUCCAAUGCAAUGUAGGAGAUAAAAGUCCUGUUCUUUUAUGUGCACUCCUUCCUGAUAAGACUGAGUCAUUGCAAUUGGAUUUGGAAUUUGAUGAGGCUGAAGAUGUAAUAUUUUCUGUUAUUGGUCCACGAGGCGUAUAUCUCACUGGAUACUAUGUUGGCCACAGCCGACAAUCAAUUUUGCAAGAUGAUUCAGAAUCAUAUGGAGAGGACAUUGCAAAUUCUGAGACACAGGAAUCUGAUCAUUAUAGUGAUGAGGAUGAAUAUGAGGACAGUUUUAUCAAUGAUGAUGAACCUGAAGCUCUUACACCUUCUCCUAUCUCAAGUGACAGAGAUGACGAUGAUGAUGAUGAUGAUGAUGAUGAUGAUGGAGAAUAUUUGGAGAAGAAGAAAAGAGAUGUGAAGGGCGGGCGUAGAAGACUCAAAAAGAAGUGUCAGUUUUUUGAAUCUGAUGAUGAAAUGGUGUUUGUUGAGAUUGAUGAUAAAAACGCUUCUCCAGUUGCAUCCAUACAAAAUAUCAAUAAAUCAGAAGAUUCAGGAAAGAAAAUCAAGAAAGAAACAACAGACAAAGAGACAAAAAACAAUGAUGAUGAGAAAGGGGCUGAAGUGAUGCCUGAAAGUAAAUCAAAACCUAAAAAGAAAAAACGAGGGUCCUCUAACGAGAAGAAGGAUACUGUUGAUGAGAGCAAUGGUCUUAAAGUGGAAAAAAUCAAGCAGAAUGAGGAAAAUCCCAACAAUGUUGAUGACAAAUCUGUUGUUGAGGUUGUUGCUAAUGACGGAUCUGCAAAUGAAGUGAAAACAAAGAAGAAAAAGAGCAAGAAGGGGAAUGCUGUUAAAGAUGAUGAUGAUGUGUUGGUUGCUAAAGAUGAUGAGAAGCCUAGUAAUAUGGGUGUUGGGGAAGUUAUGGGUGAAGAGAAUGUGAAACCAAAGAAAAAGAGAAAAGCACGUGGCAAUUCAGUUGAGGUGUUGGGUGCAGAAAAUAAACAGGAGGAUGAUCUACAACCAAUAGACAAGAACUCUGGAAUUGAUUCUAAGCAGUUAGAUAACGGAAACCAGUCAGAGGAGAAGAAAGUUAAAAAAAAAAGGCGAAAAACAACUGAGGUUGAGGUUGAGGAAAACAGAAAUAUGGAGGUUGAAAAAGAAAAUAAAAAAAAGACACUGUCUAAUGGACUUGUUAUUGAAGAGCUUGUGACAAGCAACAAGCCUAAAGGAAAAGUAGCAGCUCCUGGGAAAAAGGUGAAGGUAGAAUAUGUGGUGAAGUUAAAGGAGAAUGGACAUGUUGUUGAUUCAAAUGGGGAAUCCCCUUAUAAAUUUCGACUAGGUGAUAAACAAGUUAUAGAGGGGCUCAAUGUAGGUUUAGAUGGUAUGAGAGUUGGGGAUAAAAGGAGACUUACCAUUCCACCAUCAAUGAGGUUGGGGUAUAUAGGAACGGGUGAGAAUGUUCCUCCAAAUUCAUGGCUGGUAUAUGAUGUGGAAUUGUGUAGUGUCCACUGAUACCUUACAUUACUCAUUACACCACACCAUUCUUGUUGAAUUUUCCAAUACACAGAGAGUUUUUGUUCUUGUUAGGGUUAUCGGUCUCUUAUUGUAAGAAAAUCAAAGUGUUGAGAAACAUUACAUUUUUGUAUUUGCACGGAGGGGGGACAUUUUGUUACUUAAAUGCCCAAUUUUGGCCAUAUUUUUAAUUACAAACAUCUUUCUUCAA